AGGAGGCCGGCAGAGGCCCGCAGCCAUGCGCGGUCCCGCCCCGGCGCGGCUGCGCGGAGGGGAGCGGAGCGGGGCCCGGAGCCACCAGCACAGCGCCGGGCGAGGGGAAGGGGACGAGAGAGGCCGCAGCCAGCCUGCCCUGCCCUGCGCCGGGCCGCCGAGUCCGGCAUGGAGAAACAUCUGUUUAAUUUGAAGUUUGCUGCAAAGGAACUCAAUAGAAACUCAAAAAAAUGCGACAAAGAAGAAAAGGCUGAGAAAGCAAAAAUUAAGAAGGCAAUCCAGAAGGGUAACAUGGAAGUUGCACGAAUACAUGCAGAAAAUGCAAUCCGACAGAAGAAUCAAGCAAUUAAUUUCUUGCGCAUGAGUGCCAGAGUAGAUGCUGUAGCAGCAAGAGUUCAGACUGCAGUGACGAUGGGCAAAGUAACAAAGUCAAUGGCGGGGGUAGUUAAGUCUAUGGAUGCCACUUUGAAGAGCAUGAACUUGGAAAAGAUAUCUGCACUAAUGGAUAAAUUUGAGCAUCAGUUUGAAACACUAGAUGUUCAGACACAGCAGAUGGAAGACACAAUGAGCAACACUACUACGCUAACAACGCCACAAAACCAAGUGGAUAUGCUUCUACAGGAAAUGGCAGAUGAAGCAGGUCUUGAUCUGAACAUGGAACUACCUCAAGGACAGACAGGUUCUGUUGGUACAAGUGUUGCCUCAGCAGAACAGGAUGAGCUGUCACAGAGACUGGCCCGCCUUCGUGAUCAAGUUUAAGUUAAACAAAGCUGCAGUCUGUGUACAUGCUUUCAAAAUGCCCUUUCUGUGACUAACCCUUCACUACAAACGUGGCUUAGGUGUUUAAUAUUUGUAAUAUAGGGUACUUCACUUCAAGCUUGCUCUUCUUUCUAAAUACAUUGAGUAAUCCAAAAGUAUCAGCUCUCUAAUGUCUUUUUCUGUACAUUUUGAAGUUGAUAUAUUUUUUGCAAGCUUUUUUCACAAAAUCAAGUUGAUAUUCUAAGUCAGCUAGUAAUGUUGGCACAUUCUAGCUAAACAAAAAGCAGAGUGUCAUUGAUAUAUAUUUUAAAUUAUGAAGUGAUUUUUUUUAAAUUAUGAGAACUGUUUAUGGUUGGAGAACUGAUGUAUACAGUUCUGAUGAUUGUACUAGCCAACUUUCGUACACAGCCAAACUCCUGGAACACGGAGGUGGACAGUGUGGACUUCAUGAAAAUACGCUUGUUAAAAAUGAGUGGACUUCAGUCUGUGGUGGUUUUAGUAUUUUAAAGAUAGGGUAACUGUUCUGAAAUUAAUGGUUCAGUUCAAAAGUGAGUUUCCAAAAGCUGUUUUAAUAUAAUUGGGAACUUGUGUGGUUUCAUCACUUUAGUACAGGAGGAAUAAAAUGUAUUUUUCAACUCUUUGUCAGUUCUGUUGAAUGCUUUAGCUUGCUUGUUUAAGGUUGAGUGCUCUAGCUUCUCCUUUUUGCUUUCUUCUCAGUAUCCCAAGGUGCAGCCAGUAAUGCCACUCUCACCUCUAUUUUGACCAACAUAGUAUCUUGCUCACGCUAUCCAUUCUGUUUAGGUUCAAGCUGAGAAACCUUAUAUGUAACUGAAGCCUGCUUUUCUUCAUUCCUUGUCAUGCUGGCUUUUCAUCUGGUCACUUUUUAAUAUGCAAGAAAAAAAUCUGGUGAUUGUAAUGUGGCAGAAGGCUGAAGUAUGGAAUAAGAAAUACAAAAGUGCUUUUCCUCAAGCUCACAUCUUCACCGUCCUUCAUGAGUCACGGUCCCAACCCUGUCUGCUGUAACCAGGGCACUCACCCGGAUCAGCCUUUUCUCCUCUGCCCAUUGCAGCUGGUCUGGUGUUGGGGGGAGAGGUGAGAAGUGGAAGGGUAAGGUAGGCCAGCUCUGCCUCAAAGGGGCAGGCUGCUGGAUGGGCGCAUCAGUUACGUUGGAGUAGGAGCAGCUACAUUUUGUAAGGUGUAGUAUUGCUGUCUGCAGGUGGAGUAAUGUGAUUUGGAAUAUUGCGGUCACGUCUGGAGAGGCUAGUUUGUUUUAGUUAUCCCUUCACAUUUCUGCACAGGAAGAGAAUCUGCUUUCAGUAGCUUCAAACUCUUGCUGCAGUUGUGAAGUAAAGAAAUGGUUGUAGACAUUUGUAGCAGAAACUACUUGUGAUGUGUUGUGAUAAGCAGUGAUGUUAAAAAUCUAUUUCUGACUCUUUGGGCUCACGUUGUUUUGUAUUUGUAGGGGUGAGAAAGGUGUAUAGCACUAGACUUAGAGUUAGUUCUUAAUUCACUGGUUUUCAGGACCACAUGGGUCUUUCAGUGUUGGGGAAAUAUGAGUUAAAAAAGCAACUCAGCUUUUUUAGUCAAGCAGGAUUUUUUCAGUGAAAACAUGCAAAAAUGAGGAAACAUUUCAGAGCUGUUUCAAACUGUUUUUGAUGCAUUACUCCAGUUACUUUGCAGGUCUAGCAAGAUGCUACAUACUAAGGUAUUCAAGGGUACUGUAAAAAUAAGAUACGGAAAGAACACAAUUCCACAACAUUUCUGAUUGUUUUCUCUCUUGGACCAGCAGCCUAAAUUAAAAUGAUUUGUUUAAAAUGUUUACACGUCUUUUCAAUGCAGCAUUAUUUUAAACACCCUUGAGUGUUCCUCCUGUAAUUAGGGGAAACUGGAAGGUGUUUUAGAAACCACGUACUCACAGCUGUAGUCUAGGUACAGUCCUUUAAAACAAUUAGUAAACAUCUUAAGAAAGAGACCAUGUAGUGUACUUUUCUUGCUUGCUACUCCUGAACAGUGUGACAAAAACAAUGGUGUAUCUAUGCAACCAAGUUACCCACGGUUGUGGAAACUGCUUGUGCGUGCCUUUGCCUUAGUGAACUUUUUUUUUGAUGUUUGCUUACUGUACAUCUUAUGACAGGUCUGGAAAGUUACUAUUGUGUUAUAAUUCCCCAUCUGAAUUUACUUUGCAGUUGCUUGUUAGAACUGUACCAUAAACUACUGAGGUUUUCAGUGUCUGGUAAUUAGACAACUCCAGAUAUCUUCUCUGGAUUAUUUUAUGUUUUUUAUGUUAAACAAUAUGCUGCUUUGGGACUAUUCUUGGUCUUUAUUUGAGGGGGUAGACCGCUAUUCUCAGGCCUCAUGUAUUUGAUUUUCUGAGUAUGUUGCCUUGCCUUGAACCUUGGAGGAAUUUCAAAACAGAAGGAGAUGAGACUGAUUAACUUGCUGCAAGACAAAUACUAAAUAAGGUUCAUUAUCUUACUGGCUAUAUGCAGCCUGUUUCAUAGUUUUGAUCUCCCAGAGGUCCCAAGCUUGUUAACUCUGGUACCAGAGUAGUUUUCUGGAUCUUUUUAGGGAUUAACAAAUAACCUAGUGGCUUGAUUGACAUAAUCAGUGUAACCUCUGCAGGACUAGGAUGCAAAGAAGUAGGCAGACUUAGCUGACUCGAGGAAAAAAUGUUGGAAACAAUUUUUGCUCUGCUGCUUUCACUCAGUGUUGCUGUGCAUUUGAAUGUUGCCAGGAUUUUGUACCACUCACUUCUGCAUGUAGAUCUGCCCUCUCCUGGGGAAGGAGUGCUUGUGUAUGAGAGCUGGCGUUCACAGAGAUUUAACACAUUUUUAAUGUAUAUAUCUUUCUCUAGUCUUUUGGAAAUGCUUAAAACUGGAAGUUACUCUUAAAGCAAUAUUUGACUUUUGUAUCGUUCUUCCAUUCAGGUUCUCCUUGAAACAUCUGCUCUUUUCUGAACAACUCUGGCUCCUCACUUCUAUUUUUCUAGUGUUUCUUGGAAGUUGACUGUGUAUGUUUGUAGAAGCCCAUCUCAUGUUAAAUAAAUUGUACAACUCUUAUGUAACCUCAUUACCAAGUAAUAGCUCAAUAUUUGCAUUUAUGAGCAGACGCACCUGAAGUGAAACAUUGCUUGAAAUGCUUCAGGAUGUUUUUUCUUGACGGUUUUUUUCUAUUUUACUGAAAAACAGCGGUAUCUUUGCAUUAUAUUUCCAUCUGCUAGUGUAAUGGUAGUCUUCAUUCUUUUGAAUUCGAAAACUGAAAGCCAUGAAAAGCUUCAGAUGAGAAGAGAAAAAAGUAAUUUAUCCUUCUCAGUUGUGUUGGGAUAAAAUCAUCACCUUGCCUUUGUGGAGAUCCUCAGAGCCAAAAAAAAAAAGUGAAAUUUUGUCACAUAUGGUCAGCAACUAUGUACAGAAAUUCUGAAGUUGGUGACGUGUAUAGAGAAGAGUAAUUUUUGUAGCUCUGAUAGUGUUCAUCUUGAAAACUGCAUAACUUGUACGGGACAAUUUGUAAAUGUAACUGCAAGCGGUAAAUAAAAAUUGUACAGCCAAA